AGUCUCUCCAAUGAAGAAGCGGAAAAGCUCAUGGAGUACAAGGAGAGUUGUACUGCCGAAACGGGAGUUGACGAAGCUGUAUUGAUGCAACCAUACGACGAUAAAGAGGAGCUAGUCCAAGAUGAGAAACUAAAUUGCUACUUCGCCUGUAUCUUGAAGAAAAUGGAUAUGAUGGAUUCUGAUGGGACUAUAAAUAUGGAAACCGCUCGCUCUCAAUUAUUGAGAGACUUGUGCCCAAAAAAAAUUGACGAAAGCGUGGAAUGCCUUAGUCAAGUUGGAGACAGCCCCUGCAAUACCGCCGGAAAAAUAUUUGGUUGCAUCAUGAAGAUCCGGACGACCUGCCAUGAUAACUAGCAAACAGU